AUGAUUUUUAAAGGUUCAAAAUUAAAUCCUGUGAUAACUUGGAUAUUUAAUUUAACAAUAUUAUUUUUAAACGAAAAUUAUGAUGGUUAUAGAUUCGAAAUGUUGGAUGAAAGACUUGGAUUUUUAGAUUUAAAUAAAGGUUUAUUACCGAGAUGGAAUAUUACAUUUAAUUUUUCAAUGUUAAGAAUUAUAUCUUAUAAUAUGGAUUAUUAUUGGUCAUUUCAUUCUUCUAAUGAUACAAGAGAGAAAAUUGAUAAAAAUAGUUCAUUGUUAUCAGAUAAAAGUAGAAUCAUAAAUCCUUGCUUCAAAGAAGAUUACAACUAUAUUUAUUAUUUAUCGUAUAUAUUAUACACACCUUUAUAUCUUGCUGGGCCUAUUAUUACUUAUAAUGAUUUUGUUUCUCAAUUUAGAUAUCCAAAGGAGCAAAAUUUUAAAUCUAUAAUAUCAUAUGGAUUAAGAUUAUUUUCAGCCAUUAUUUUGAUGGAAUUUAUGUUGCAUUAUAUGUAUGAAGUUUAUCCCGUUAAGAAAAGGUUGGACUCGAGAAACAAUCAUUACGGCGAUUGGAAAUGCAAUAAUUUGGAAAAGUACUUACACUUAAUUGGAUAUUGA